CCGCCGCCAAAGACGAACCUCACAAACUUCGCGGCUGGCUGGUUUGAUGACACAGCUGACCCCACCUGCUUCGCACACGCCACACCUGCUUCGCACACGCCACCCACGUCCUGUUCCUGGUCUUGCUGCUGUCCUGGCGAGAUGGCGUCUCCAUGUGCUUUGGGGACGGACCCUGUCGUGUCGGGGAUUGUGGCCUUGGCCUCGUUUGCCUUGCCCUUUGGCAUCCUGCAGCGCGAGCUGGCCAUCAUCCACCGUGGUAACGCCGUCACCACCAUGACCAACGCCGUCCUGGCUGCAAGCGUGACAGUGGUCGCCUUCUUCUUCGUCGGCUACGGGUUCUCCAAUGGCUUUGAGGCCAACCGCAAUCAGCAGCAGUUUAUUGGCGAGCGCUACUUCUUCCUCAUCAACCGCGACCCGUGCGCGUUCAUGGACGUGCUGUCGGAGCUGGCACGCGCACUGACGGUGGUCUUCAUCAUCGUGGGCGCAGUCACCGAGCGAAUACACACACACGCCGUCGGAUUCCUCGCAGGUAUCGUCUCGGCCUUUAUCUACGCUGUUCCCCGCUACUGGACUGCUGGCGACAACUCCUGGCUCGUCACCGGCAACGCGCACCUCCAGGACACGAGCGGGAACGCCAGCAUGUUUGUGAUGGCUGGCGUUAUGGCCGCGGUUGUGCUCAAGUUCACUGGCGCUCGCAUCGCCUCCGCCGGUGGUACCACUGCCGUGAUGAACCAGCCAACCUCGCUUGUCUCGUCCACGGGCCUCCAGGCCAUUGGAGGCGUGUUUCUGCUUGGCUUUUCCUCCCUGCGCCGCGCUAAUCAGACAGGCGACGUCAUCCCCGUCGAAGACAACCCGGCGCCCCGCUCCAUAUUGGCUGCGGUGAACCUUGUGGUGUCACUUGGGCUUGGUGGCGUGACUGCCAUCACGUUGCAUCAGCUGUUUGCGGAUCGGUGGUCCCAUCUUCCGCCGUCCUUCACCGUCCGCCUCGCAACGGCCGGCGCCAUCUCUGCCAUGGUUGCUGUGAGCGGGUUUGCAGGGGUGACCUUCCCCGAGGUGGUGAUACCGGUUGCCAUCGCCGCUGGCGCCGUCAGCCGCAGCGUCAUGCUCGCGCUGCUCAGGGCAAACAUUGACGACGCAACAGAUGCCAUCCCAAUCUACCUGGUGGGCGGGCUGCUUGGGCUCAUCACUGCGCCCUUCUGGGACGAAGCAGACGGCAUCUUCUACCACGUGGGAGAGUGGGAUGGGCUUGGCUGGAACAUUCUGGCCAUGGUGUGCAUCAUUGCAUGGUGCAGCUGCCUCACCGCGCUUAUCUGCCUCUUCCUGCAAGCCUUCAAUGCCCUUUCUUUUGCAAAACCCCACCUCCAGGACCCGCGUGGGCUGGAUGUGUCGCUCUUUGCUGUGCGCGCGAGUGAUGGCGGGCACAACGACACGCAGCUGACGCUGGCCAGCCUGCCGGGCGCACGCGGCAGUGGCGGAGACGGCGAUCGCACCGUGUACAUGACGGGCAUGGAUGGCCGUGACGCUGGCAUGGAUGCCAGUGGUGGUGAUGCAGGGGAUUCAACGCCACAGCAACAUCGCCGACACCACAACAAGCAACAACAGCAACAACAGCAACAACAGGGUGAGACAGCGAAGCGAUGGCGGCCGUAUCAGCUGCAGCAACCCAGCAGCAAAGUGAGCCCAGCAAAUCCAUCGCCACUCCCAAGGCAGACACGCCAGACCCAGCAACAACAGCAACAACAGCGACACCCGCUCGCCAAUUCCAACACGGCAACAAGUGCACCACGACAGCAACAGCAGCAGCAACACCAACGCCCACCACACCAGCAUCCUCAUCGCGAUUACCGUGUCAUCGAUACCAAUGCUGGCAACCACACCACCACUGAUGAAGAUGACGAUAACGACGGUGGCGUGCCUUCCAUCAUCACGCCGCGACAACUCUACUCGCAUCACCCAGCGCACAACAUCAACCACAACAACAACCACAACGACAACGACAUGAACGACGAUGACAGCCCAUCGCUGCCUGGCGCGUUCCACACAGACGAUGUGGAGGUGUGAUUAUUGGCUGAUGAUAUUCGUUAAUUUUCCUUAUUGCCCAUGUUGGCGGUUUGAGACAGCAUAAAAGUAGA